GCGAUAAUUUUCAGCCAUGAGAAUAGUGAUUCAGAGAGUGAAAAAUGCAUCGGUGAUCGUAGCCAACGAAACAGUGUCAUCAAUUGGCAAAGGGUUGAUGAUUUUGGUGGGGAUUUCCACCAAAGAUACAAUUGAAGAUGUGAGCAAGAUGAGCAGAAAGAUUGUGAAUUUGAGACUAUUCGAAGACCUCGAGGAAAGGACCAGCUCCAACACGGAGAAGUACUCUGGGAAACCAUGGGCCAAGAGUGUUAUGGACGAAAAAUCCUAUUCCAUAUUAUCAGUAUCGCAAUUCACCUUAUACGGAACCAUUAAGAAAGGAACCAAACCUGACUUUCAUGCUGCCCAAAAGGGAGAACUUGCCAAAGAGUUAUACGAUACAUUUUUGCAACGAUUGAGAGGUUAUUUGGGAGACGAGAGGGUCAAGGAUGGGAAGUUCGGCGAAAUGAUGGAGGUGAACAUUGUUAAUGAUGGGCCGGUCACCAUAGUAUGGGAUACCCAGAACAAUAUUUAGUAUAUGUAUUUAGAUAAUUAAUAGACUUGCGAUCACCACAAGGACAGUAAAUAUGAUCCAUGAAGUGCCCAAGUCCAAGUUGAACCUGUCAUCCGGGUCAAAUUUAAACUGGUCGAAAAGUGGAGGCUGUUGGGAUACAGCUGCAAGUGAGGAACUUCUUGAAAAGUUCCGUAGGUCAAAAAAGUCAUGAACUGAAUACCUGAAGGAAAGUAUGAUGAAUACCAACCCCACAAAUACUGCGUAUCGAAGGGUAGGAGGAAUAUAUAAUUGGGGUGUUUUCAUAACACUUGUGACAAGUCAAAUAGUCUUUGAGGACUGAGGCUUUCCCACCGGUUGAGAAGCACUAUAAGGAUCCAAAAUACCACCAAGAAUUGGGCUAUGAGACUACAGCCACAAAUAAAUAUACUAAGAAAUAAACGAAAAAAUCCGUAUGUUAUAUCAAUACCCACACAAAGUAGCGUGAAGCAAUUUUUGACUAUCGGAUUGAUUACUAGUUUAUCCAGAACCUCAAAGAAAUUUGUGAUGAAUGGAGGAUUGUAUUGUUCGGGGCUGAUAACGACAAAUAUGGGAAACCGUUGCAAUACCUUAUCAAGUAAGUCUGUUCUAAUAUCGGCUAGUGAUCCUCUAAUGGAAAGAAACAAUACGGAGCACAACUGAUGUAUAUCUGCCAUUCAUUGAGUGAGUC